AUGUACAGAGCACCUAUGGAUCUUAGGAACGAGAGUCGCCUUAUUUUUGCAGAAAAGCGUAACGGACAGACAAGAAUACAAAAAUUAAUUGAUCCUAAUGAAAUGAUAUUCACGAACAAAGGCAAUUUCUUUGUUAGCGAGGAUACUUUAGGUGGUGUUCUAAAAAUGAAAUACGGAAGUGUGGCGUAUAAUCUUAUGUGGGACAAUUAUGAAGAGUCGAUGUUAGAAUUUUACGAUUUUAUUAGAAGACAGCAAUGUUACCAGAUACAUCUAGAGUCAGAUAUGAUAGCCGUUGGCACGAUAAUUAACGAUAAGCCAGAACUAAUAACUGAGGGACAGCGUUAA